ACCGCUACCCACCGCAUCACACCUGGUAAUGGUUGAUCUUCUGGUAACAAUCUCAAGAAAAAAUGGACUUAUAUACGCGAUUAUUAUAGAAAAAAAAAACCAGCAGAGAAUAAAUAACACACCAUCAGGAUCUGGAGCAAAGGCUGUGAAAAAGGCAUAUGCAUAUGCAUCCUUCCUUGAGUUUUUGAAUCCUACCCUCCAACGAAGGCAGACACAAGGGAACUAUACUGAUAAUGACGACAAUAAUUUAGAUACACAGCAAACGAACAACGAGCCCGACGACUUGGAAACAAGUUCAUUAUAUCAAAGUCCAAACCCGGAGGCUUCUCUGCAGCAUGAUGAGAAUAUAAUUUUGAAUGCAGAAGCCACCAAAAAAUCUACAAAAAAGGAUAUACCUCAGCAAAUUCUUAAUAUUCUAGAACGACGUGUACCACAGCCACCUGCCACAAAAGCUCCUAUAGAAAACGACGAUAUAAAAUUUUUAUUAAGCUUUCGUGGAUAUAUGUCAAAAAUGUCGCCAAAUCAGAAAUUCGAUUUUAAGAUUGAAAUGCUGCAAUUAGUCAAACGAAUCAGUAAUAGUGAAUCUUCAUAUUCUCGCCCUUCCUCAUCAUGUAGUAAUUCUAACCCUAGCCUGUCCUAUAUCUCUAUCCCUUCACCAUCCCCCGCUAAUUACUCUCAAGCUCCGUCUCCGUUAUUAGUACGAAGAAUUCAAGAUCAUCGCGAAUCUCCAUAUUCUCGGGCUACCACACAAUUUCGAAAUUUAAAUCCCGACACUUCGACUUCGACAUCCUUCAACAGCUUUCAAGUUCCUCCGUCGUCUCCAAUACGUCAAUACGAUAUAUUAAGGCCGGUCACAUACAUUCGGAAUUCCGUUUCGGAAUUUCGAUUCGAAAUACUGUUUCGGGAUUCCGUUAAUAUAUCACACACAUACGUUUGUUUCCGUUCGGAAUAACAAGGCUCAGUUGAGCGACGCUAGAACUUGAGUUCAGACAUUUGGCAUUAUGGACGACGAUUUUAUUAUCGCGAUAGCACUGUUGCUAUACCUAUCAAGGAAAAAAAAAUACGUCGCCGUUACUGGGCCAUGCAUAGGCCAUCAUACGGAAUUCCCAAUCAGAUUAAAUUUCGAACGGAAAAAAACUGUAAGUAUGUGGUUGAUUCAUAGAUGUUGUAUGGAUUUAAUGCGUUCGAUAUUAUGAAUCGAAAUUCCGAAACGGAAUUCCGAAUGUAUGUGAUCGGCCUAACGGAAUCCCGAAACAGUAUUUCGAAUCGAAAUUCCGAAACGGAAUUCCGAAUGUAUGUGACCGGCCUUAUCGUCACUAUAAUGCCGCUAUUUGGAAAAAGCUUAAAGCAUCAAACUGCUAGCUUCAAAAGAAGGACGAAAUAUUGCUCGAAUGUGCUCCAUUAUAGCAUUAGUUCCAGCAAACCACAUCCCAACGGCCUGGAACUAUAUUUUAAAUCGUGCAACAGAAACCCCACAAAUGAACCGAUUUCAAAAUUACUAUGAAAAAACAUGGAACCCUAGAAUGUCACCAUCGAUUCUGAGCUGUGCAAAUCAAAAGCAUAGGACAACUAACGCUUUAGAAGCAUGGCAUCACCGUGUCAAUGCUCGCAUACCCAAAAAUCCUAACUUAUACAUGUUAAUCCACAAAUUAAAAAAAGAAAGCCAAUAUUGGGAUCGUCAUAUACGUAACAGUUUAUUUACGAAUGUCAAAAGAAAUCGCAAGCAAAAAGAUAUUGUUUUCGAUCGCAAAUAUAACAAGCUGUUGGGUUAUUUAGAAAACGGUGAUGUACAGUGCCUAAGUUUUUUUUUUAAAUAUUGUUUUUGCAGUUUUUGAAGUAACUGACUUAAUUAUAUUUUUCUAAAUUGUAUAAUUGCCUGCUUAAAUCUACAUUAUAUUUUUUGUGUAAAAUAGGAGAGAUUAGCAUAUUAUUUAGAGAUCUAAAAUGUGAUUGUUAUUCAUAUUUGACUUUAAUGUGAUUCUUGAUUACUUCGGCCCCCUCACGGUCACAGUGGGCAGAGGGACACAGAAGAGGUACGUCGCACUGUUCACGUGCCUCACAACACGCGCCAUACACUUAGAAAUCGCCGCCUCACUAACAACAGAUUCAGCGAUUAUGGCACUACGACGCAUGAUCGCGCGCCGUGGGUGCCCCACAGAAAUUUGGUCCGACAAUGGGACAAACCUACAAGGCGCCCACAAGGAGCUUCGUAAAACUAUAGACAGAGCAACAGAAGAAGAAGCCACACACAGAAAGAUCAGCUGGCGUUUCAUACCCCCCGCCGCCCCCUUCAUGGGCGGGGCAUGGGAACGCCUCAUACGGAGCGUAAAAACGGCUCUAUACACCGUACUAGAACGAACGAGCCCGUCCGAAGAGGUCCUACACACCCUACUCGCCGAAGUGGAAUACACGGUCAACUGCCGUCCACUCACACACGUCUCCGUGGACCCCGCGGACCCAGAAGCACUCACUCCGAACCAUUUUUUGCUCGGCGGCACUGCCCGCGAGGGCCCGCCGGGCACUUUCGACGACAGCGACUUAUCCAACAGAACCCAGUGGAGAGCCUCUCAACGACUCGCCGACCUAUUCUGGACUCGUUGGAUGCGAGAGUACCUCCCCGAGCUCCAAAACCGGCGGGAGCCACACGGCACAGGAACGGUCAAAAUGGGUGACAUCGUGCUCAUUACUGACAACACGCUGCCACGAAACGUGUGGCCCCGCGGAAUAAUCACCGCUACCUACCCUGGAACGGACAACAUAGUACGAGUCGUCGAUGUCAAGACGAGGGGGGGAACACUUAGAAGACCCGUCAAGAAAUUAUUGGUUCUCUACUCCCCGCAACCCCCACCAAUCGCGAACCGAUAAUUCUCUAUAUAAGAAAAAAAUGGCGCCGAGCCGGCACACAACUCGCUCAGCCACGGCACGAGUAACAUCUCUCUCUACUCACAAAAAACUCAACAAGUAACUGCUCCAGCAAAAAUACAACAUGGAGCCAGAUACAACCUUCGAAGAGGCGGCGCGAGUGGUGGAACAGAACAUGAAGACGUUGGGGAGAACAAUCGAAGCGGCCAAAAGAACUACAGAGGAGGCCGUCCGACUUUGCUCCGCCCCCCCCGCCGCCGCGCCGCUACCUCGGCUCACACGUCCGCUCCCGCGCAACGCAAACCGAAUCGACGAAUUUUCUACGCGAUCUCCAACGGAAAAUAGAACAACUGGAGAGGGAGAUCAUCUACCUGAGAGCGAGCCAACUUCGAGGCUCUCCAUACUCUCGGGACUACUUCACUUCCGACGCGACAGUCUGCUACUACCACAAAAAGUUUGGAGCAGAGGCGCGCAAAUGCCACCCUCCAUGCGCGUGGGAGCUAGAAGAGGGAGCAGAGGGACGCCGCCCGCACCACAGACGGAGGAGUAUGUCGACGUAAACUCCCGCACCGUCAACAUACGGCGGGAGGAAUGUGCCGGACGACGUCAAGAACGAUCUCAUAUUUUCAUAGGAAUAUAUGUAAAAACUCUAUUACAGAUAAUACAAAUGAGAUUGAGCAGGAUGACAAUAACGAUACAGAAUGUUUAGUCGAUAAGUUGGUUAAAAUAAUUGUUAUUGUUUUGUUAGUAUACUAAUUGGUUAAGAGAUUGUUCGUAAGGGUCAAUCUGAUUAAUCGAUAAGUUGUCAAGAAUUUAUUUUUGUUUGUUUAGUACAUUAAAUUGUUCAUAGAUUAAA